AUGAGUGGGCUCAGGGAUAAAAGUGUUGGAAUCUUCUGCUGUCUUGUGUUGCUCGUUGUCAGCUUCACUUCCUUAUAUUUAAGAUAUGUAGCGAGCCUCGUCCCUGCGGACAGUCUGCUGGUGGCCAGUGAGGGAAAUCUGAGCAUCAAUUUAGACUACACGCUCAACUUUGGGGCCAGACAGGAUGUUGAAACGCGCACAUCUUGGAAAGCUCCUAUCAUCUGGGAGGGGAUGUUUGACCCCAAACUUUACGACCAAAAGCACAUCCAAAAAAAAUCAUCUGUGGCCCUCACUGUGUUUGCUGUGGGAAGGUACCUGGAUGCCUACCUGAAGACUUUCCUUACCUCUGCAGAACAACAUUUCAUGUUGGGAUUACAAGUGACAUAUUACGUGUUCACGGAUCAACCAGACAAGGUACCACACAUCGAGCUUGGUCCUCAGCGAAGCCUGAAGGUUAUCCAGGUGGAAAAGCACUCCAGGUGGCAGGACAUCUCUAUGAUGCGCAUGAAAACGAUAUCAGAUACCAUAGAAUCAGAGAUUCGUCACCGCUGCAAUUACGUCUUCUGCUUAGACGUGGAUCAGGAGUUUAAGGGAAGAUUUGGAUCAGAGGCUCUGGGGGAUUCUGUAGCUCAGAUACAUGCUGGCUUUUUCAAAGCUCCACAGCAAAGCCUCACCUAUGACAGAAACCCCAAAUCCAAAGCCUUCAUGGAAAGCGGAGAUUACUACUACCAUGCUGCUCUCUUUGGAGGCCUGUGUGAACAUGUGAAGAGUUUGGCAGAUCACUGCUUUCUGGGUAUCAUGGAGGACAAACUAAAUGAUGUGGAGGCUCUGUGGCACGAUGAGAGUCAUCUAAACAAAUACUUUUGGCUUCACAAACCAACCAGGUUGCUCUCCCCCGAGUACUGCUGGGACCAGGUUUCCAACAAGGACAACAUACAAGUCAUCCGCCUAAUAUGGGCACCAAAACAUUAUGACACGCUUCGUACUAAGUAGAGUGGCUAGAAGAGCAAGAAAUUGCAAUAACUCAGUGCAAGAUUGUUUACUGAAAGGCUUUGUGUUGGACUCUUACCUAGGAAAGAAAUAACAGAAUUAACCUUUCUUUUUGACUUUGUUGAAAAUCCAACUCAGGUAAAUCUUAAUUGUCUUUGUCAAGGAUGUGUUGAAAGGAUUAUGUUGACAAAAAGUUUUGAUAUCAAAUCUGCGUUACUUAACAUAUUAAAGAUGUCUUCAAUACAUGGUUUUAUACAAAGAAAUUCUGACCUCCAUCUUUUGGCUUUCUGAGGGAAUUUGUCCUGGUUGUGUGUAUUUUGUGUUUGGUGUUUUUUCAUUUCUCCCCUCCUCCCUUUUUUGUUGGUUGUUCUCUCCUGGCAGGGCUGGGGCCUGUUGAUGGCCAGGCUGGCUGAGCUGGCUUCUUUACGAGGCACACCAGCACUUUAGCAGGGUACUGUAUCCGUGUCACAUUCUCAUUAGGGGCUGAGCCCCUCUAAAGGUCUGAUCCUAGAAUUGCCCCUUUAUUGACAAUUGUAUAAUGAAGCAUGGUGCUUCACAUUGUAUUCUGAUCAAUACUGCCAUCUAUAUGAAAACUGAAACUGCAUCAUGUAAAUGUAUGUUAAGCAGAUUAAAUGAUUGUUUUUGUUUUCUCUUCAUUGGGACCUUGUAAUACUGCACUACUUCUGUAACAUGUUCAUGCUAUUUAUGUGUUUAUGUUAAUUGGACUAAAAAGAUGAAGUCUGCUUCCAUGACAUUUGUGUAUCGUGAAACAAAAAAUGUUGCCAUGUAACAAGCCUGUGAAUAAU